GCCAAACCUCAUCCACGUAAAUAGAUUAGUCUCUGCAAACUGCUCAAUCUUGUGUUUCGUCCUAAAAAGCGUGCUUUCUGCGACUUCUUUCUAACUAUCUGAUAUAUCUUUCUCAUUCGAUCCUGAUUCCUGAGGCAAUGAAUAUGGCUUCUUCUUCUACCAUCUUCCCUCAAGAAAAACAUGAUGUGUUUCUGAGUUUCAGAGGCGAAGAUACCCGCAAUACUUUUACAAGCCAUCUUUAUGCUGCUUUGCGUAGGAAGAAAAUCGAAACUUACAUUGAUUACAAACUAGAGAGAGGAGAUAAAAUUGCGCCUGCCCUUGCCGAGGCAAUUGAGAAAUCAAAGCUUUCCGUAAUCAUUUUCUCAAAAAAUUAUGCUUCUUCCACUUGGUGUCUCGAAGAACUUGUGCAUAUCUUGCGAUGCAAGGAAAGAUAUGGGCAGUUUGUUAUACCCAUUUUUUACGACAUCGAUCCAUCACAUAUAAGAAAGCAGCAGGGGACUUAUGCAGAUGCAUUUGCUCGACUUGAAGAACGUUUCAAGGACAAUAUGGACAAGGUGCACAAGUGGAGGGAUGCUUUGAGGGAAGCUGCAAAAAUAUCUGGGUUCGAUAACUCAAACAAGGCCGGGUCGGAGGCUGAUUUAGUUCAGAAAGUUGUCGAUGAUAUUUUAGCCAAACUGAAUCGCGAAAAGUCAAGUGAUUUGAAGGGAUACGUUGGAAUUGAAAGCCGCAUCGAGGAAAUUGAAUCAUUAUUAUCCAUUGAUUCACUAGAUGUCUGCUGUGUAGGUAUUUGGGGCAUGGUUGGUAUUGGCAAGACCACCCUUGCUGAUGCUAUAUUUCAUCGACUCUUUUCUAAAUUCGAAGCUUGCUGUUUUCUUGCAAAUGUUAGGGUGGAAUCAGAGGAAAAAGAUGGACUAAUUCACUUGCGAAAUAAACUUCUCCGUAAGUUACUAGAUGAUAAGAAUCUAGAUAUUGACACUCCAUCUAUUGGAUCAACCUUUGUUCGUGAGAGGCUCAGUCGUAUGAAGGUCCUCAUUGUUCUUGAUGAUGUGAAUGACUCAAGCCAAAUCGAACUUCUAGCCGGAGCAGAGAUCAUGCGGUAUGGCCCCGGAAGUAGAAUCAUUGUAACAACUAGAGACAGGAGCCUACUUAAGCAAAUUGUAAAAGAAGAUAAGAUAUACGGGGUUCAUGCAUUAAAACGUGAUGAAGCUCUUCAGCUCUUUCAUUUGAAUGCCUUCAAAUAUAACGCUCGUAUAACAGAUUAUACAGAAUUGGUGGAAAAGGUGGUAGAUUAUGCCGGUGGAAUUCCAUUAGCUCUUAAAAUUUUGGGUUCUUCAAUCCUUUGCUGCGAGACCAAAGAAGAUUGUUUAGAUGAAAUAAUCACAAUGAAAGAAUCUCUGAGGAAAAACAUUCAGAAAGUGUUGAAGAUAAGUUACGAUGGAUUAAAAAACGAGAAGGAGAUAUUUCUUGAUAUAGCAUGUUUUUAUAAAGUGGAGACUAUGUAUAUUGUAAAAAGAAUGUCCGAUGCUUGUGGUUUUCGUGCAGCAGGAAUUAGAGUUCUCAGUGAUAAGUCCCUCAUAUCAAUUUCCGAAAGCAUGCUUAUAGAAAUGCCUGUUCUGGUCCAAGAAAUGGGCAGGGAAAUCAUUCACGAAGAAUGUAUUGAAGAGCCUGGAAAACGAAGUAGGUUGUUCAGUGCAGAUGAUGUCUGUCACGUACUGAAAAAUAAUACGGGAACUGGAGCCGUUCAAUGCAUAUUCUUUAAAAUGUCUGAGAUUGGACAGUUGAAUCGUGCAGACUUCAAAAAGAUGUUUAAUCUAAGAUUGCUCAAUGUUGAUAAUUCUAGCUUUGGCAAUUACUGGGAGUUAAACGUUUCUCUUCCCAAUUCUCUUAGGUAUCUUUCCUGGGUGGGAUACCAACUGAAAUCUUUGCCAUCAGAAUUUUCUCCAGAAAAUCUUGUUGAGCUUCGAAUACCCUACAGCAAUGUCAAACAACUUUGGAAUGAAGGCCAGAAGCUUGGAAACUUAAAGGUGAUGGAUCUUAGUUACUCCAUAUAUCUGACUGAAGUUCCAGAUCUCUCUCAAAGUCUGACUAUCGAGCAUAUAAAUCUUAUGGGAUGUACAAGUUUGGUUGAAAUUCCUUUGUGUAUUCGGCAACUGAACAAGCUUACUGUUCUUAACCUGGGAUACUGCUCAAAGCUCAGAAAUCUUCCAGAGAUGCCAGGAAAUAUUGAAUACUUAGAUUUAAGUAGCACCGCGAUAGAGGAAUUGCCUUCAUCAGUUUGGUUUAAUGCAAACAUUUCUACCUUGGAUAUUCAAUGGUGUAAGGACCUUAAGAAUCUUCCAAGCUGCGGUUGUAAGUUGAAAUUACGUAAUUUGUCUUUUUGGGGCUGCUCAUCUCUUGGCAAGUUUUCGGAGCUUCCCCGGAACCUAACAGAGUUACAGUUGACUGAGACAGCAAUAAAAGUAUUGCCCUCAUCAAUCGAGCAUCUCUCUCAUCUCAAGAAAAUUGAACUGGAAAGUUGCGAACGUCUUGCGAGUCUCCCAACAAGCAUUUGCAAGUUAAAUUCUCUUGAGAGACUUAACCUCACUGGUUGCUUAAAAUUUCAAUGCUUCCCACAUAUAUUGGAGCCUAUGGAGCACCUAAACUUUCUUAGCUUGUCAGAAACCGCUGUUAAAGAGCUACCCUCGUCGGUUGAAAAUCUAAUUGGGCUUCAGACAUUACAGCUCUACCGGUGCAAAAAACUGAAGUCUGUCCCGAAAAGCAUCUACAACUUAAACUCACUUCAAACUCUCACGUUUGGUGGUUGUUUAAAGCUUAGAAAGUUGCCUCAGUCCCGGGUAGGUUUGCGCUCUUUGGAAGAACUAAACCUCAGUUACAGUGGUAUAUUAGAAAUCCCUGAUCACCUUGUUUGCUUAACCUCGUUACGAGAGUUGGACCUAAGUGCAACCAUGAUCCGGAGCAUACCUGCAAGCAUCAACCAAUCUUCUCACUUGUCUGUCCUUCGUUUAACCAAAUGCAAGAAGCUUCGGUCUAUACCGGAGCUCCCAGCUGGGCUGCAAAUUCUUGAAGCACAAGGCUGCUUGUCGCUGAAUACAGCGUCCAAAUCAAGGUUUUGGCGACAACAACAGUGAUGGUGGUGGUGGUGAUUCUGGCAGAAAAAAUGGUGGAGGAAAUUGUGGUGUCAUUAGUAGGGCGCGGUAGUUAGGGUGUAAAGGCAGCAAUGGUGAUUGUUAUGGUGGUGGUGGUGGUGGCUGCAGCGUUGGCAGUGGCAUCAUUGGCAAUGGCAAUGGCAACAAUGGUGGUGACUUGAGCAAAAACAAUGGUGGAGGUAAUGGUGAUGUCAUCAGUAGGGUUUAGGGUGUAAAGGUAGUGAUGGUGGUGAUUGUUGUUGUGGUGGUGGUGGCAUCAUUGGCAGUGGCGUCCUUGGCAAUGGCAAAAAUGGUGGUGAUGAUGCCGAUGGGGGUGUCGGUGGUGAUGGCAACUACAAUGAUGCGUGUAGUGUGGUGGUGCUAAUAGUCGGGUGUGGUGGUUGGGGUGGAUAGGUAACAAUGAUGGUGGUAAUGGCGGUGGUGAGGAUUGUUGUAGUUGUGGUGUUGGUUAUAGUGGUGGUGACAAUGUGGUGAUAGCGGUUGUAACUCCACUUUUUAAUAAAGUAUAUGUUAAAAGUACCCUACAAGUUAUUUUUUUAAAAGUUGUUUGGAGGUCA